AUGAGAUCCAAAGGGCGCCGAAACUGCCUGGGAUGGCGGCCGCCAGGAUCAGAAUGGCGGUCAUCUACCCUUUCGCCUCAUGAUAAUGACUUAAAACAGCGAUGGCACAGACGUUAUGGGAGGCUUGGACGGCGCUACGAAACUCAGACACCAAACGGCCCAUCUGUCGUUGAACAUUACGGUCCAUGGGAACGUGAAUACCGCGACAGACUCCGAAGGGACAUCGCCGCGCUGAGUGGCCCUCGUGGCCUGGCAAAUCGCGCUGAUCCCGCCGAGAGGCGUCAAAGCACCCCCAACCAAGUCACGUCGUCUGAAGACAGAGUCUACUCUGUGGAAGACUUCCUCAGUAAACUUACGGGCCAUGAUCAGCCGCGCAACGAUGCAGAAAGCGCCUCAGAUAAAGUGACAGACGCUACGCCAGACGAGGCAGACGAGCCGAUGGAGAGACGCUACACUGCACUGGAAAAGGGGAAACAACGAGAAGGAACUCCUGCACCCUCAUCCGCCAGAGGGCCUUCAGCGCUCAAACCUCCCAGCGCAAAUAGCUCUCAGCUGCAGGCUUCCCGAAUGUCUAGCCAAGGCUUGCGAUCGUUGAGGAAGCUACCGCAUAGUCGCCCUCCAAGCGACAAGAAGGGUGAGACUGGACCAAGCGUUCAGCAUGUUGAACACGCCGCCUCGAAGUCCUCAGAAAUGACCAGGUCGUUGUCUCGGGCCAGAGGAGCUGCGGCAAGCAGCAUUUCUGCUGCUGACCGACUCGCACAAGCUCGCGUGGCAUACGGCUACGCCGCGGAACUUCCUAGCGAUGGCCUCGGCGUGAUACAUGAACAUCCCUCGCCUCCAGAACGGGCCCUAGCGACUUGGAGGUAUCUGCUACCCGCGAGGCAGCGAACACAAAGCCAAGUUGGCGUCACUGGCCCUAAUCCAGAGAGCCACGCCGCAAUGGAGCAGCCACAAAGCUGGGAUGGAGAUCCAGGACCUAGUUCACAGACAUACGCCAAUGCGGUGGCUAAGUCAAACCGACGGCUGGAUGAGCUCUCACCAUACUCUCCAGAGGUCACAAUUCCUGACACACCCAUGCCAAUACUCAAUACAAAACUCCCCAAGUCACCACCAUUGCAUCUUUCGGAAUCUGUUGAUUCCUCUGAUGAACACUUACCCUCGAGAAACAAUUCCAAACAAUACCAGGAUGAACUGCGCGCCAUGACUCUGCAACCCCCGCUGUUAGUCCAAAUAGAGCUCUACAAAAUUUACUCCUUGCUGGUGCAAGUAGUGCAAGUCGCCAGUGAUGAAUUCACUGUGGUGGACCCUCACGACUUCAUCGAGGCAUGGUCAUGGAAGGAUUUCAUUGAGGCCGGAGACGCUGAGAUCAUCCGACGGCUUCGAGGACAGACUGCCACACAAAGUGGGAUAAAGAAGGUAUUGCUAAUUCCUUUCAGUAACGACGCUAAUGUGUUCUUGGCGGUUGUCAACUUGGGCGCCGCGCUCUUUCGGAUCUUUGACCCCAGGACAGACGAAGUUCUUCAAUCGACAGACGAGGAUGACGGCUUUGGUACAACCUUGUUUGUAUACGAAUUCAUUCACACUCUCUUCCCAACAGAGUGUCCAAGCAUGGAGGCAUGGAAAAUUGAACUUGAAAAGACUGUACAGCGCUCGGUGUCAAUCAAACAGCUUGGUGUUACCUCAGGCCGACACCUGAAUGACUUCGGAGCCCGACUUAAGAUGCAGGCCGUAUUGCCAUUUUUCUUUGAAGCAUUGCGGAUCGUAGCUGGUGCAAACUCAAAGCCAAACAUCACCGAUGUGGCGCUCCUCAAGCGGCUCUUCGCCAUCUUCGAUGACUCUCCAGAGCUGAAAUCCAGCGACGUGAUCCAGCAGCUCCGAGAAAGAUCAAGGGAGCAAAUAUAUCGCUCACUUAGAGGCCGACUCAGAAGUGUCCUACAGGACAACGAUGUCGACAUAAAGAAAGCGAUCGCAGAGACACGAUGGGGCGAGCAACAUGUUCACCUUCGUUUUAUACUGGAGACAAUGACCGCGAAGUGCCUGAUGACAAGAGCUGCCUUGUAUCAUGGAAUGCUCCACAACAUGGCUGCAGGCUAUUUCUACUCGGUUGACGCCCACAAAGAGAUAUGGGGCCCGGAUGCUGCACUGAAUCAAUGGAAUCGCUUGGAGCUGCACAGUAUUGAGCGGAAAUUGCAAGCCAUGAGAACGGAAUUGGACCACUGGUUGAAACAGUUUCAAUACCAUCUUGACAGCGCCAACAGGAAGUGA